AUGCGCACGGAUGAAAGCCAUCAGUCAGGUCAGCAAGCAGCCGCAUUAGAGACAGUCGGAAGUGUAACCCUCGUCGCCAGUAAUGGACCUACUUGGCCCGAAGCUGGGAUCUUCGUGGUAAAGGUCGGGCCUGCCUGCAGCAAGGCUGUCAUCUGUCGUUGGCUGCGCCCUUCUGCGCGGGGACACGAUGUGGGGACUGAUGCACGCUGGGCAACAAAGAGCUUACCACUCGUCGUCCAUCCCUUCUCCGGCGUGCAGCUGACUGGCGUCCCGACUCGCCUAGCUACUCGCUUGAAGAAUGAGGUUUCUGUCAAGCACGGCAGUGACGCUGCUGGCGGUCCUCGUGGACCGCGCAGUGGGCGCAUGUUCAACAUGGCAGACCCAGGUCAACGUUUCCAUGUGCAACUGGCAAAGCUUGCGAGAGGAUUUGCUGACGGGUGUGUCAAUUAUGCGAAUGAUGGCAAUUUCCAAGGCUACAUUUACUCCCUCAACCUUUCCACCUCGUUCAACACCAGUUCCAAUUUCCUGGCCGUCCUCAAGAAUGAAACUAUCGCUGGCGGUACUGCCAACAAUCUCGCCCCAAAUUACAUUGAUGGGGUGAUGUUCUCGAAUCAAAACGAGUUCUAUCUCUAUGGAGGUAUGGCUCGUCUCACCAACAGCAGCGAUCCACCGCCCAAUAAUGAGGUCCUUGGAUAUGAAGGCUACCAGUAUGGCGCCUAUCGCAACAACUGGGGGCCCGGCUGGCAUGAGGAAAAUCUCUCUGCCAACGUCACACGAUAUAUUACCAACGGCGCGGGUGUGUCGGCACCGAGUGAGAAUUUGGGCUUCUAUUUCAGCGGCAUGCGUGCUGCGGACUGGGGAUCGUUCACGUACGACCAGCUAAACGCCAACAUCACGGCUGAUACGCUGAUCUCUGUGGACAUGUCCACAAUGGGCGAUGCAAGCUGGACCAACGAUACCCUGCCGGACCAGAUCCCAGGCCGUGCCAAUGCAGAGCUGGUCUGGGUGCCCGUGUCGGACUCUGGAGUUCUGGUGGCCAUUGGGGGGGUCGUUUACCCGACCGAGUUUUAUCAAAACACCGGGCUGAAUGCUUCACAGACUGCGGAGAGCAAGAAGAUUAGUCCGACCUUCAUGGAGACGGUGUCAGUCUACGAUGUGAAGAGCCAGCAGUGGUAUUUGCAGAACACGACUGGCGAAACGCCGCCCCAAUUGACACAAUUUUGCUCCGUGCUGGCCAGCGCGUCAGACGGUUCAUCACAUAACAUCUAUAUAUACGGAGGAUAUAACGGCAUUGAGCUUGAUAACAAUCCGUCUGAUGACGUUUAUAUCUUGUCUCUACCUUCCUUCAAGUGGGUCAAGGCAUACAGUGGCACGAAUACGCAUGGUCGCAGUGGGCAUCAAUGCAUAAAGGUAUAUCCCGAUCAAAUGCUUGCACUUGGAGGGGUGCGUGUCGGCGCAACCACUUGUUUGGGAGGAGGUGUUAUCGUCAACUUCAACCUCAACAGUCUGAACUUCCAGGAUAGCUACGACCCAAAGCAGUGGAGCAAGUAUGAAGUACCGGAUGUAGUGACGGCGCAGAUAGGUGGAAGUGCCACGGGAGGUGCAACCACCACUGCCCCAUCGUCAUGGACCAACAACUCUCUCGCCGGAAUUUUCGACAAGAAGUAUUCGAAGACUCUCACAACCUAUUGGCCCUACAACAGUGCCAAUAGUUCAAGCAGCUCAAGCACCGCUACAUCGGACCACAAGGGUAGCGGAUUCCCCAAGUGGGCGGCCGCAGUGAUUGGUGUGCUUUGCGGCAUUCUCGUUGUCGCGCUUCUUGUUGGAGCCUGGUGGUUCUGGCGUCGUCGUCGCCGUCAACACCGAGACAGCCUUCAACCCACCUUUGUUAAAUCCGAUGGUGCAACCGAGGCAGAUAGUACGGAAGUGCGCCACUUGAUGUACGGCGGCGGUCCGACAUCCCCUGUUCCGGGGCCAAGGUCUACAUCCACGGGCAUGGAAACAGGGGCCAAUGACUCCUCCGUACACGACUCUGUCCUCACGUCCGUAUCGCCUCGGACAGUGGAGUCAGGAGGAGACGCUGUGUAUGAAAUGCAUGAUUCCUCACCCAUCGAGCUCGCCACACCGUAUAAUGUUGCUUCAUCGACCCCCAAUACCUCCCCAUUAUCAAGUCCGAUACAAACUCCAGUUUCACCUGCAUCCCCCGAAUCCGAAGCGGCACAAUUUGCCCGACCAGGACAUAACAGAACCUUGUCUACGGCGUCGACAGUACCGUCAAUCGAUAACGUGAUGACGGGUCGCACGUCGUAUUUCCAAGAGGGUUUCGAUAACAAGCCCAUGCCGCAUGCACGCCAUGAAUCUGAGAUCUCGGAGUUGAGUGUUAGUCCGGAGGAAAGGACACAGAUCAGAGGUGAGACAAUUCUUGAAGAUGAAUUGUAUAUUCGUAAUGGAGUGUAG